UUUCAUAAGGGGUUUAGGGUUAUAUAAGAUGCGGUAAUAGUGUAAAUAGCUGUUCCUCAUGAUGAAUUUCUCUAUUGAGUAGAAAAAUAAGUCUCAGAACUCAAUAUUUAUAUGAAAAACGACUUUUUUGAGCAGUCUUUCGAGCAAAAUUACUCUAAACCAUUGCAUAUUUUUGUAACUUCUAACAUAUACAUACAUGUACAGGCAUCUGCAGAGCAUGCCGACAGUAUGCUAAAGCUUGUUGAAUAUCUAAGAGACCUCUACAAACAAGACCCCGACUCAGACCUGUACUUAGCAAGAGCGAUUCUUGUGUGGAUAAGCGAUAACAAGGCCACACGGAAAGGAGGAGAUGAGGCGAAAGGGAAAGCUGACAAUACGCCACGUGGGUGCAUGGCAUUGCUUCAGAAAUCAGAGUUUGAGAUAUUUAGGAAACUAUUCGAUACUGCAAGUAUUAAAUACGAAGUCGUUGAAGGAUUGGUAAAGAACAUCAGAUACCGCGCUGGCGAUCGCCAGUGUGCGACGAACAGGUGGAUUUGUUUCCAUUCAAAUGGGCGACGACAUCUUUUGCACCCUGAAUGGGCAACGAAAGCUGUAAGAGGUCAACGACAUGGUGACGAAACAACACUUGAGAAAGACGGAACAGCGUUGACAAACCACCAGACCGGAAAUGCAGGACAGAUAACAUCGAUUGUAAAUGAUUUUUGGUUUUGUACACGGCCAGAUAUUUUCAUAACACGAUGCUUUCCGAAUGACCCUACUUUUCAGCUUUUGCCACAAAGCUCUCAAUUGAAACCUAAAGAAUUCUUUGAUCUGCCCGAUCUACGACAGGAAUUCUUUACACGGAAGUUUGCGUUGCUCAGCAAGAAAACUUGUUGUUUGGCGUCUGAAAACGGAGAAUGUAAUAUAGCUUUAACAUCAAAGGAUGAUUCGUCAAAUAACCUGGAAUUUUCUUACGAACUGGUAUUGCAUGAGUCUGGCAUUCAAAACAGAGAAGAAGCGAACAUGAUUAAGAAUAAAUCGAAGAGGCUAGUUCUACCACAAGUUAAACAUGACCAUGGAGAUACGUUCAUUUUCGAUGUGAGAUGUCCAUAUAAGGGCGACUACUGGCUUCGCCUUAAGGUUGGAUUCCACAACAGCGAAGAAAAGUUUAAGUGCUGCGAAUUUAAAAUUAGUUGCAGUGAACCAAAUAAAGAAUGGAAGGUCUUUCCGCCAAGUCAUGGUCUUGAGGUGUUUGGUUUCGGACCGAAAGCAGCUGACGCUGGGCUCAUCGAGCCGUCUGUCGAUACAGCAAAAAUAGCUGUAAAGCCAAGGAGUUCAAAUGAAAUGGAGACAGUGAUGACAUUUCAUCUGGCUGAUAGCGAUGAAUAUAUUGACACCGAAUACAGCUCGGAAUUAUAUGGAAGCGACUUUGUAGGCGGAGAAAAUAUUGAACGAAGCUUCGAAGGCUGCACAGAAACAAUCAAGGACAUUGAGAAAAGAAAGGUUAAAGUAAAUGCUUGCAUUCCACAGAAAGGGGAAUACUCGCUGAUCAUAAAUGCAAAUACAGCCAACGGAUCUCCCCAACAAGAGCAGAAGAAAGCCAGCAAAAAGGCUAUUGCUUGUUACUUUGUGACCACAGACAGUGACAUCGACCCGGAAGAUGAGAAUAGAAAAAGAACAAAAAGAAUGAAAGCUGUCAAAAAAGAAAACAAAAGAGAAAUGAAGGAGAAUUUUAAGCACAACCUAGAAACUUCGCUUGAGAUCAUCAAACAAGAAUUAGUAGACCUUGAGAAAAAGGCCUCAUUAAUAAAACCUCGCGACCCUAAAACUUACAAGCGGGUUUUGCAUUUGGACAGUUCUGAAAAAAGAGCAUUACUUUCAGAAUCAGGAAAACGUUUCUUGGACAACCGCAGACCAGAUCUUGAGGGGAAACUGGUGUUUGCGAUGAGAGAAAACGGCCAGUUUUCGAUAACGUAUCUCAGCACUGCAAACGAAAAUGUCAUCGAUAUCGUUCUAAAAUGCAUACGUGAUUUCCUUGCCCAAAACUCUCUGUACAUGGAGACACUUUUACUUGACAGGAAUGUCCAUCGUUAUAUCAAACUCCAUCAAGAAGAAGCUUUGAAAGCAAUUUCACAUUCAUUAAAUGAGGAACAUGUGCACAUAUAUCUGUGCCAAGAACCAUUAUUGCUUGUCACGGGAUCGCGCAAAGGGAUUCACGAAGCAACAAAAAGGCUGCAAGAUCUGAGAAUGGAUUUAAUACAGAAACACCAUGCAAUUUAUAAAGACGGAGCGUAUGAGUUUUUCCUUUCCAAAGAAGGUCAAGAUAGAAUAGAACAUAUCGAGCGAGCUUGUGAAUGCGUUAUAACAAUUGAAGGGUUUGAAGAUAAGCAAGACGGAACGACGGAAACGGAAGCAAUAGCUGUGGCCAUUCUUGGUGAAAACGAAUAUUUGAUCGACUUGGCAAUCGGGGAGUUAGAAACUUCCGAUAUUCGCUGCUCACAAGCGGAAUAUUUGCAGAUAAAUGAAUCUGACGGAGAUGAAUGUUCAGGAGAUGAUAUCCUACUGGGAGAUGACAACUCCGAAUUUGAAAGUGACAUAUUUCAAUUGUUUGAUUGAAAAAAUGAAGAUUAUUGUUAUUUUUGGUUUGAAUUAACACACGAGUAGGGAUAAUAACAUGGUAUUAUACAUUCUUUUCGAAGAACUGAUUUGUUUAUGAUGGGUUUGAAAACAUUUUGUUCGGUUACAUGAAGUGGGACAUAUUCAUUUUCACUUAUGAUAAUAUGAUACUUAUGAAUGGAGACAUUUAAUAUGAGAUGAUGCUUAUGGAUGGAGACAUUUAUAUGAGAUGAUGCUUAUGGAUGGAGACAUUUAAUAUGAGAUGAUGCUUAUGGAUGGAGACAUUUAAUAUCAGAUGAUGCUUAUAAAUGUAAACAUUUAAUAUCAGAUGAUGCUUAUGAAUGGAGACAUUUAAUAUCAGAUGUUGCUUAAGAAUGGAGACAUUUAAUAUCAGAUGAUGCUUAUGAAUGGAGACAUUUAAUAUGAGAUGGUGCUUAUGUAUGGAGACAUUUAAUAUAAGAUGAUGCUUAUGGAUGAAGACAUUUAAUAUGAGAUGAUGCUUAUGGAUGGAGACAUUUAAUAUGGGAUGAUACUUAUGAAUGAAGACAUUUAAUAUGAGAUGAUACUUAUGAAUGGAGAUAUUUAAUAUCAGAUGAUGCUUAUAAAUGGAGACAUUUAAUAUCAGAUGAUGCUUAUGAAUGGAGACAUUUAAUAUCAGAUGAUGCUUAUGAAUGUAAACAUUUAAUAUGAGAUAGUAACUAUAUGAAAUGUUUAUAAAUGUUUCUAAAGUUUGCAAAUAUAUCUGUGUGUCGUAUUUUUCUGGAAAAGUACAUAGUUUAUACUAUAUAUUGCAAACAUUUUCUGGAUCUUACAGAACCUAUUGCAAAAAUGUAAUAAUAACAUUUUAAGAAAGACUCUGUUUAAGGGCGCUAGGCUGAUACCUCAAAGAGACAGUUAACGACUAGCACACAACGUACUAAAAAUCACAGAUAGACUAACCACACACGCAUUCAAAUAUCAUACAAACUGCUGAGGUUAUCGCUUUGACAUGAAUGCAUUCAAAAUUAAAUCCUCAAAUGCAUGACUAGUUUAACAUAGAUAUAAUACAACAAGAAUCUCUGAUACAAUAGGUCUUGGUUAUCAGCUUUUAAAUUCCUACGCUACCUAAAGCAUAUAUAAAAACAUGAGAAACACCGAGAAUUUGAAUUAUAUUGGCAACAUAUCAUGUUUAAAUGGAGCUUUAAGCUUUAAAAGGAAAAUCACCGGAAUAUAUGGAAGAAAUAAUAUGUGUUUACAAACCACGAAGGAAUCUGCGAUCUCAGAAAAAAGCACUUAAUUUAGUGAUACCUAAAAGUAGAACUGUAACCUACGGCGACCGACGAUUUGAAUAUGCAGCUCCGAAACUGUGGAACGAUCUAACAUCCGGUGUGAGACACUCAAGUUCAUUGUGUUCUUUCAAACGUGCACUUAAAACACACUAUUUCAAAACAAGCGUAUGAAUAGCAUUUACACCAGGAAUAGUCUGAAACAUUGAUUUACGAAGACUGUGUGACCAUUAUGUGAUAUUAAUCAUAAUUUUACAACCUGCUUUAAUUCUUCUAUGAUCUUUCAGUACAGUUUCAUAUCCUGUGUAAAUUGUUUUAUACUCUUGAUUCAAUAUAUAAAUACAAUUUAGAUGUCGAGUGUAAAUUAUAUUAUUUUCAUUUUAAUAUUUUCACUGUUUCGCUAGAUUAUUUUUUAUCGUUUGAUAUUGACAUUUAAUGUUUUAACUUCAGACGACUAGUUUAAUACCACAUUUUAUUGUGUUUCAUAUUUUUAGUAUGUCGUACAUUUAUUGUUUACAAGCUGUCUGAGUAUUUAAAUGAUAUUGCUUGUAAUUAGUUAUCAUUUUAUAUAAUUGUAAAGCGCCUUUGAACGUGUAUAUGAAAAUGGCACUAUAUAAGUUUGGUAAAUAAUAAUAAUAAUGUUCUUUCUCUGACUUGUACGUCUACAUAGUGUGUUUGUUUUUUUAAACGAGUAUGUAAUGGGUAUUGCUUGUCUUUUGUCUGUUAGAAAACAAACUAAUAAUGUAGAUGCAGAUGGCAUCUAUUUCGUAAUUUUUCAAACUCAAUAAACUUCUAUUUAUUUGUAUUUAAUCUGAGUAUUACAUAUUUUAUUUAUAAUAUUAAGUUGGUAUUCAAUUUUGCCUCUACCGUAGCUAUGUUGAGGAAAGGCCCAUUUGUAUGUUUAUUUGUAUAAACCACCGUGGUAACAUUACCUUUAUACUUAUUUACUUUAUGGUGUAUAAGAAAUGUUAAAAUACAUAAUAUACUUUCCAAUUUAUGCAUAAACACAGUAAA